CAUUGAUUAAUCAGGAUGGAACAUCAUUACCAUCAAAUCUCAAAUGAUGAUGACGGUGAUGGGGAUUUUGGUGAUUUUCAAACUUGUGUAGCUUUCGAACGACAAACAAAAACGAAUGAUGAUGAACCAGUAUAUAUGAUGGGCAAUGUUUUCGAAUUGCCAUGGUUCGAAUUUCAAGCUUUUCGUCAACAAUUCCAACAGCAAUUAGUCGACAUAUUUGCCGACAAGUCCUGUUCAUCACCUUUCGAUUUCAUGACAACAAUCCCAUCACAAGAAGACAUCAUCAACAAUUGUCCCAUCUGGCUACAUCUUACUGAAAAAUUUCGUAACAAAGAAGCAUUGAAUUUUCGCCAAAGUUUUACAUUCAAGCUAUAUCUACAAUCACUGAAAUUGGGUGAAACGACCAAUCGAAACAGUCACAAUGUCAGCACAGAUAAUGAUUUGCCGGCUAACGCCCGAAAGCGAAAUACUGUCGGUGAAGAAGAAGACAUUGCAAACGAUUUGGACAUGCAUUCAUUAAUUAUCAGUUCGUUUGGUAGUGUCGACCAGCAUUCAUCAUCAGAAAGUAAUCGUUCAUCGCAACAACAAGAUUCAACCGCUCUAGAAAUUGAUGCCGAUCAAGUGAUCAAAGAAAUCGAAUCCUUGUAUGCGUCUAACCAAUCGACACCCAGCCAACGAUAUUCUGGCUCAUCCAGACAACUACAACUAAAUAAGACAGAUCCUUUGUUGUCGCUUGAUGCAGCUACACUGUUAGACGUAGCAUUAAAAAACUGGAAAUCCAAUCGCUUGUCAUCUGAUGAUUAUGACGUGAACCUCGAAACGUUCGAAUAUUGUGAUGCUGACCAAGAAUAUCAUUCGUUACCAGCUGACCUGAAUAGUGAUAUACUCGAUCAAGUGACAUUGGCAAACCCGGUUCUAACGACUACCACCACCGCUGACAAAGACCAUGAUAGUCCAUCUGUGUAUGAUCAAACCUCGUCCAUUGGCGAACAACAACUCGAACUUGUAGAUAAACUAAAUCAAUUGACAAUCGUUCAAUUGAAUGAGCUAUAUAUGGAAUUAGAACAAAUCAUUCAAAUCCGUUCUGAAGUUCUUAUCCAAGAAUUGGCCUUACGUGACGAACUUGAAUAUGAAAAAGAACAAAAGAAUCAGUUUAUAUCGUUGCUUUUGAGCGUUCAGAACAAACGUCGUCAUCAUAUGACUUCUUCAGCAGACAGAAAGGCUACUGGCCAUCAUCAUCAUCAUAAUCACAGUAAAAGAAUGACCACUACUCAAAAUGGACGUAUAAUUCGUCGCAAUUCGAAUGAUUCGAUACGGACGACGACGACGACCGCUACCGGUCGUUACAAUUCCCGAAACGGAUUGACCAAUGUACGUUCAAGCUGGUUGCCAGCAGUGGCCGAUCUAUCAUCAUUAGGCACUAGCAUCAAACAAUCAAUUCUACCAUCGCAUUCAUCAAAAUCGAAUCCCGUCUAUCUGACAACAGUUAUACCAUAUACCAGUUCGAUGAUUCCUAUCGAUUCGGCAACGUUAGAUAUUUUGAUUAAACUACUUAAGGCGUUAAACGAAGACAGUCCGACUGUACCGGCUCUAUUAACUGACUACAUACUCAAAGUGAUCUGUCCAUAACUAUCGCCAUAAUAAUAACGAACACAAUGGCAUAUCAUUUUCUUUAUAUUUAAUGUUUAUAUUUAAUUUCGUU